GAAGCCAUCUCCCUACAAGCCACAUGUUCUAGCUCCAUUUAAUUGGAAAUAAAGAUAAAAAAAUUAUAUCAAAAGCAAUCAAUGUUGCACUCACUGGAGAUAGAUCUCUUGCAACGCGAAUGCUAUCAGAAUACCCAAUUCCUGCCGGAGUAACCCGGGCCAGAUAAUCGAAUCACCUCAGUAUUACCACACCGGAAAUGCACCGUCGCAAACAUUUUUGAUAUAAUCUAAGCAGCUAUGGCUUACUUGCCAGUGGGGUAAUGUCAUGAAUAACAUCUCAGCCAUUUUUCUUUUGAAGGAAGCCUUAGCAGGGAAACCAAACGGUCUGAUGUAACCGCUGUUUCACUUUCAACUAUGUUGCGUGAAAAGCCAGGCCCUGGAUGCUCUCUUAAAUAGUUCUGAAGAUUGGACACAAUGACACUAUAAAAGACACCAACAAAAAUCGUCCCGCUUCCUUCCUGCAGGGCGGCAUGUCUUCAGGUCACCGGCUGCGAGACAUGGAGCAGCACCACCCCCUGCUGGACGGGGACGAGGCUGCGGCGGGAUCCGCGGGGGAGGUGGAGCGCCUCUGGUUUAUCCAGGACGGCUGCGGUAUGGUCUGUGCCUUCAUCACCUGGUUCCUGGUGCUCUAUGCCGACUUUGUGGUCACCUUCGUCAUGCUGCUGCCCUCCAAGAGCUUCUGGUAUGCUGUGGUCAAUGGAGUGGUCUUCAACUGCCUGGCUGUGCUGGCGCUGACCUCGCACCUGCGCACCAUGCUCACUGACCCGGGAGCAGUGCCCAAAGGCAACGCCACCAAGAAGUACAUGGAAAGCCUGAACCUGAAACCUGGAGAGGUCAUCUAUAAGUGUCCCAAGUGCUGCAGCAUUAAACCUGAAAGAGCCCACCACUGCAGUAUUUGUAAGCGCUGUAUCCGUAAGAUGGAUCACCACUGUCCCUGGGUGAACAACUGUGUUGGAGAGAACAACCAGCGCUUCUUUGUCCUCUUCACUAUGUACAUAGCGAUGAUCUCCACCCACGCUCUUGCCCUGAGCGGAUACCAGUUUGUUAGUUGUGUCAAGGUCCAGUGGAGUGAGUGCAGUGACUUCUCCCCACCGGUGACGGUGAUGCUGAUGAUCUUCCUCUGCCUGGAGGGCCUCCUCUUCCUCACCUUCACUGCCGUCAUGUUUGGUACCCAGGUCCACUCGAUCUGCAAUGACCAGACUGAAAUAGAGCGUCUGAAGAACGAGAAACCUACAUGGGAGAGGCAGGUCCGCUGGGAGGGCAUGAGGAGUGUGUUUGGGGGCCAGCCAUCACUAGUGUGGAUCAACCCAUUUGCAGGGCUUAGAUUGCGCCGGCUACUCACCACUCGAACCAGGAAAGCCGGCACAGAGUUCUCGGUCUGACCUUUCAACUUAUCAGCUGCUUCAUGGUGUACCGUUCCGGACAGUCUUUGGAACAUGUAUCUGGAACAGUCUUUGACUAUACGGAAGGGACGCUCCAGACAAGGAAUGCUAAUUUUUGUUUUCGGUUGCAAACAAUUUCCACUGUGUGCCCUUCUGAACAGGGCCCAGCUAGCACGAACACUCACGUCCUCUAACAGCCGGCACAGUAGUGCUUCUUAACAUCACAGUUGACACCAAGAAGUAAUCAAUGUUUUGAUAGACCAAUUAGAACAUGUUUAAAAUUCUGUUUGAGUUACCUCUGGUUGUGUUCUGUCUCUGCUCAUACUGGUGGUAUGCGAGUGAGUAAAGCCUAACCAUUACGUACAUACAACGCAUAGAACACUAACUAUGCAAAAUUGUCACUUUGUAUAUUUGUGUUGAAUUACAAAUUGGUGGGCUGCGCUUAUCUGUAUAUUUUUGCUACACAACUAUGCGAGAUAACAAUUUUGCACAGCUAAUUGUUGGCUAGUCCUUAAAUCUAUGUGUAGGGUUUACUUGAGUGGCCCUCUAGCAGUAGCUUGCUGACUGGCUAACAACAGCUCUCACUGUGUAGUCAAAUGUGUUGCAUUAGUAAGGCCAACCCUGUCUCAUAGACUAGACGUUGAAUAGGAUGCUUCCAUUUUUGACAAUCCAAUUCGCAUGAUAUGUUGCGUUUAGUAUGGCCACUGGGUGAAGGGGUGAGCAGUUUCAGGGUAGGUGGAUGUUUAGGUGGUAAAGCCGCAGGAUCCAGCUGGUGUGUAUUUUAAUCUGUUUAGAGAAAAGCACUACGUAAACACUUCGAAUGGUUGUUGUUUUUCCAGGCUAAUAUGUGCUGUGCGCAAUCAAACCUGGGGACGAAGUUGACGUUAACCAUAACCAUUAGGAAUGAAUACCAAACAUUUUUGUUAAUUUUCAACAUACCGUUGUGGCAUAUAGAUUUUUGCAAGUUUUUCCACAAUCAUAUCUGUUUUGGAAAAGUUAAACAUAAAAGUUUAACUAAUUGUUAACAUGUUACGUCACCUAAUGUAACAUCAUACCCAAAGGUGCGUCCCAGAUAUACGUACAGUAUACUAUGUAACGACUACCCCCGAGGCCAGCUAGCUGUACCUCUGGAACAACAAUGUGCUAGAUGUGGUGUUGAGCACUGUCUGUAUCAUACUUUUUUAUGAAUAUAUUUCUGGUGCAUCAUGUUUGUUUUGCAUAUGUCUGUAAAAAUUAUCUGAAUUGCAUUUUCUGAUACUUCAAAAAGGUGUUAGAGGAGUUUAAAAUAUGAAUAAUUAAUGGAUGCCAGCAAGAUGGUAGAGAUUCUAAGAUCAGCAGUUUGGAUUCUGCAUGCAGCAAUCACAUUAACUUUUGGUAAUGUAUCUGACACUUUUACUGUUAAGUGGACAAAUGAAAACCAUAGGAACCAUUUUAUUUAAGCAAAGGUUAGCAUUAACUGUUUGUUUGUACUAUACUUUGGACUAAAACAAUCCUUUUAAAAAUUAUGCUGUGAUAUAAAACGAAUCAUCGAUGAACAAAGUAGAGAAACAUUAGGCUGAUUUCUGUAAAAACUUAGACCAUUGAACCGUGUGGCAAAUCUGUCUAGGCUGUUGUCCAGUUGUAGCUACCCAGUGUAGCAGCGGAAGCAUACAUCGGCAGAUAUAUCUUGCAUCACGCUCAUCUCAGUGUAUGUGGUGUUGCUCUUAUCCUGACUUGACUCCACCUUUAUAAGAUGGUUAGUUGUGUCCAAUGGAUUAUAUUCCUUCAGAAGAGUCAAUGAAAAAUGGUUUCAUAUGGUUUUCACCAAUACACACAACUGUGAACAACCUUCUGAGCUGUGGAAAAUAUACAUAUGUGCAUGUGCUGCUUUCAAAAGUAUCCCAUUCUUUAGUCUCCUCAUGUAGACAAGACUUCAUAUCCCACUGAUUGUAAGAUGUAUGAUUUCAAAAGUGAUAAACCAUGAUCUUUUUCUUAUGUUUUUGUUUCACAUGGACAUGGUUUGGGGACAUAUCAACUGGAUAAAGCAGUGUUGGGACUGAGCUGUUUUUAAAUAUUCUGCGCUGAGGUUUGACAGUAUUUUAUUGUUAUGUUCCUCUGUUUCAAAACCUUUCAUGCUUUUUUUGCAAACAUUUGCUGGACUCCCAUUAAAUGGACUUCAUUUCUACCUCUAA